CUUCAAUUGAAAAUUGUCUUUAUUGUUCCCCAUGCCUCCCCAUUGUGAAGUUUUCGAGUAGACUUUUAGCAUAGCAAUUGUGAUAUCGAAAUGGCGCAACCUGCGGCAGCGUUUGCACUUGACGGUGGUGACCCUCGUUUGAGCGGCACAACCAGAUUGACUGAGAGGAAACUGCAUGAUCCCCUCAUUACGUUCGAAGAAUACGUCUACUUCGCCAAACUUGAACGAGAAUACGAAAAGUCGCUUCCAUCGAGUGGUCAAUACACUUCGUUGAAAUCGGUACUGACCAGGACAACGGCUACACGGACUGUCGACAUCAGUAGCCUAGCCGCUGAUGGAGGUGCCACAAAGGCGACAGAAGCCGGCGAUGCGUCCGCGUCCAGUGCUCUCGUCACAGAUGAUGAAUGGCACAACGCUUCACGUGCCAUGCGGACAGCUACCUGGGGAGCUGUAUUCUACUUGAUCACGACGGAUGUUUUGGGUCCCUACUCGGUGCCCUGGGCACUGAGUCAAAUGGGAUAUGGACCAGGAGCGGUCCUCUACACAAUCUUCGGGGCUCUAGCUGGCUAUACUGGCUACCAGAUCUGGCGCAUGUUCCUCCUUCUCGACUCGUCGCGAUAUCCACUGAGCUCCUUCGGCACAAUCGCCUUCAGGAUCUACGGCUCCUGGGCCCGCCACAUUGUCAAUGUACUGCAGACGCUACAGCUUAUCUUCAAUGUAGGUUUGAUUGUGAUAUCCAACGGUCAGGGGCUCUACCAGAUCCAACCCAAGAUAUGCUACGUUGUCUGCUGCGUUAUAUGGACCGUCCUCGGCAUGGUUCUCGGACAGGUUCGAACGCUGCAGAGAAUGGGCUGGCUAGCCAACGUCGCCAUCUGGAUCAACGUCGCAGUGAUGAUCCUUACAAUGGCAAUGGUGACCCGUAGCUCUCCCAACUACACCGCGUCGCUCAACUCCAACGGCCGAGGCGAGGAUGACGGGCCUAUCCGCACCUACGGCUCCGCGCCCCCUUACUCGGAGGGCUUCAAGACGGGCAUCUCGGGCCUCAUGCAGGCGGUAUAUUCGUACGGUGGACAGCUCAUCUUCUGCGAGUUCAUCUCCGAGAUGCGGCGGCCGCACGACUUCUGGAAGGCGCUCGUCAUCGCCGAGGCCUUCAUCACCGCCGUUUACCUUUUCUUCGGCAUCUUCGUGUACUCGUUCCACGGGCAGUACGUCAUAAAUCCAGCCUACCAGGGCCUGUCGUCGCAGGUCGCCCUCAAGGCAGGCAACAUCCUUGGCCUGACGAGUGCACUGCUGGCCGCGGCGCUGUACUCCAACAUCGGGAUCAAGGUCAUCUACUCCAACGUCCUCGUCGAGGUGUUCCGCGCGCCUCCCCUAUCUUCCAGGGUCGGGAAACUCCUCUGGGUGGCUCUCGUCCCACUAUACUGGUCCCUGGCGUUCCUGCUCGCAGCAUCAAUCCCGAACUUCCCCUACUUGUCCGGCCUCGUGGCUGCUGUGUGCAUCCUGCAGUUCACGUACACGUUCCCACCUCUGCUGAUGCUAGGUGCAGAUAUCCAGUACCACGCCAUACAGGAGGGUGAGGGCUUCGACCCAAGAACGGGAACAACCACGAGGAGGGACGGAGGCUGGACGCGGUGGAAGAGGGGCAUCAAGACGUACUGGUAUGUGAAUGCUUGGAACCUCGUGCUCGGGCUCGGUGCAUUGUGCACGGCGGGAUUGGGCGUGUAUGCGAGUGUGGAGGGAUUAAGGGCCGCCUUUGCGGUGGGCAGGAGCACGAGCUUUAGUUGUAAGGGGCCGUUGGGGAGUGGUUGAAUUGUGAAAAGUGUUCGGUAGUUUUGUAUACAGUGUUGUUGUUCGCAGGUGGAGGUGUCAACAUUACUUCCCCAACCACUGACAGCUGACUUCGGAAUUUACAUACAUUUGUUUCAGUGUCGGUAGCCAUGGCAAAUAAACGAGAGUGG